AUGGCCAGCUGGGCGGGACAACCCGCCAUCAAGGGCAGCUCCGAGGGGGUGCGCAUGGUGCUCUUGACAUUUGUCACCAUUGGCAUCACCUUCACAUGGGGCAUAGAAAUGACAUACUGCACUCCAUACCUGCUCGACCUCGGGCUCACCAAGAGCAAUACCUCCCUCGUCUGGAUUGCUGGCCCCUUGUCAGGCCUGAUCGUCCAGCCCAUUGUAGGUGUCAUCGCCGACGAGAGCAAGUCGAAAUGGGGUCGUCGACGGCCCCUCAUGGUUAUCGGCGCCGUCGUUGUAGCUGUCAGCCUUCUGAUACUGGGCUUCACACGCGAGAUUGUUGGGUGGUUCAUCCACGAUGACAAGGCGGCCAGGAUGCCAACCAUUGUUCUGGCCGUGAUAGCCAUAUACAUCGUAGACUUUGCCAUCAAUGCGGUCACUUCAUGUUCCAGGAGCCUGAUAGUCGAUACACUGCCCAUCGAGAAGCAACAAUCGGGUGCAGCAUGGGCAAGUCGGAUGUCCGCUGUGGGCCAUGUGAUCGGUUAUGGCGCCGGUGCUCUCGACCUAGUUCAGAUGUUCGGCACGACGCUUGGUGACACCCAGUUCAAGCAGCUCAGCAUCAUCGCGAGCAUCACUAUCCUCGCAUCGACGGCUGUCACCUGCUCGGCCGUUACGGAACGAGUGCUUGUAUCAUCCAAGCCCAACCAACACCAGGGCCGCUUCACGGUUUUCCGUCAGAUAUAUUCGACCCUUUUGCACCUCCCGCCUCGCAUCCAGGCCAUCUGCUGGGCUCAAUUCUGGGCUUGGAUCGGCUGGUUCCCCUUCCUCUUCUACAGUACCACGUGGAUUGGUGAGACCUACUUUCGCUACGACGUCCCCGCCGAUGCGAAGCAGUCCAAGGACACGCUUGGCGACAUCGGUCGCAUCGGCAGCACCUCUCUCGUCAUCUACUCCAUGAUUACCUUCGGCGGUGCUUGGAUCUUGCCGUUCCUGGUUAAGUCGCCUGAAGACAAACCCUUCACUCAACGGCCACCACAAGCCAUUGCCAGAUUCCUAGAGCGCUUCACCAAGGUCAAACCAGACCUGCUGACAGCUUGGAUGUUGGGACAUCUAAUGUUUUCUGGUGCCAUGGCGCUUGCACCCUUUGCGACCAGUUUCCGUUUUGCGACUGUGCUGGUGUGCCUUUGUGGAAUUCCCUGGACGCUCGCCAUGUGGGCCCCUGUCGCUUUUCUUGGUGUUGAAGUCAAUAAGCUCAGUGGCAGUGCGGAUGGCGCUACCUACCGUCGCAUAUCCCAUGAUGAAGAUAUCGAGUUGCCGGACCUCGAGUCUGACGACGCCCCUUUGCGUCUGGAGCAUGGGACAGAUAAUGACUUGUCAGCCACAGCAUCCACCGGGGAGUUGUCUGGCAUCUACUUUGGUAUCCUCAAUAUCUACACCACGCUGCCGCAGUUUAUCGGCACUUUUAUCGCUAGCAUUGUCUUCGCUAUCCUAGAGCCCGGCAAGAACUCUGAGCCGGCAGGAGAUGGGAAACAGCCUGACUCUGAGGGACCAAACCCCAUCUCGGUGUGCUUGUUCAUCGGGGCUAUGAGCACACUUGUUGCGGCGUACAUGACGCGCAAACUGAGAGUUUUGUAA